AUGGAGGCGGGCAAGAUAGCCGGGUUGUACGACCUGGAGAAGACGCUGGGACGCGGGCACUUUGCCGUCGUGAAGUUGGCACGCCACGUUUUCACGGGCGAGAAGGUGGCCGUGAAGGUCAUCGACAAGAGCAAGUUGGACCCCAUGGCCACCAGCCACCUCUUCCAGGAGGUCAGGUGCAUGAAACUCGUCCAACAUCCCAACGUGGUGAGGCUGUACGAGGUCAUCGACACUCAGACCAAACUCUACCUCAUCCUGGAGCUGGCCGACGGCGGGGACCUCUACGACUACAUCAUGCGGCACGAAGGCGGCCUGCAGGAAGAGCUUGCCAAGACGUACUUUGCCCAGGUGGUCCACGCCAUCUCCUACUGCCACACGCUGCAUGUGGUGCACAGGGACCUGAAGCCAGAGAACGUGGUGUUUUUCAAGGAGCAAGGGGUGGUCAAGCUCACCGACUUCGGCUUCAGCAACCGCUUCCAGCCAGGCACCAAGCUGGCGACAAGCUGCGGUUCGCUCGCCUACUCGGCACCCGAGAUCCUGCUGGGCGACGAGUACGACGCGCCCGCCGUGGAUAUCUGGAGCCUGGGGGUGAUUCUGUACAUGCUGGUGUGUGGCUACCCACCCUUCCACGAGGUCAACGACAGCGAGACCCUGACCAUGAUCAUGGAUUGCCGCUACACAGUUCCACAGCACGUUUCCACCGCCUGCCAGAGUUUGAUCUCGAGGAUGCUGCAGAGGGACCCGAAGAGGCGGGCGUCCCUGGGAGAGAUUGAGAGCCAUCCCUGGCUCCAGGGCGUGGACCCAUCACCGGCCAAGAAGCUCAGCCUGCCUCUGACCUCCUACAAGAGCUUGUCGGACGAGGAGCAUGAAAUCAUCAUCCAGUCUAUGGAGUGUGGCAGCAUCGCUGACCGAGGAGCUAUCCAGGAGGCUCUGGAGGCAGACGACUACAAUCACAUCACGGCUACGUACUUCCUGCUGGCGGAGAGGAUCCUGAGGGAGAAGCAGGAGAAGCAGACGCAGAGUCAGAACCUGAACCUGGAUUAUAACUGGAGCAGUCACGUGCAGUGCAGACAGUCCUUAUCGACUCCGAUCACCAGCUUCGUGGCUGCCAUGGAGCAGCGUGGACAGCCGCCCCUCCCCCACAACGGCUUCUCACUGGAGCGUCCUGCCAGGGGCAGGGGUGUUGGAGACGGGGGGACCGGGGGGGCCGAGGGUGUGGGGCCAGGGAGGGGCAGGGCUGUGGAGCUGAAGAAAAUAGCCAAGCCCCCGAGCGGGGCCCCGGGGCCCUCCCCCAUCCAGAUCCUCCUGCGCUCCUCGCUGGAGGCCUCCGUCACCCCCAAGACCCCGCCCGUCCUGCAACAAAUCUGUGAGGAAGAUGAGGAAGAGGAGGAGGAAGAUAAAGUGGCCGUGGUCCAGGUGCUGAAAGGGACAUGUUUGCCCAGUGAGGCUUUGAGGCCCUGCAUGGGGCCUGGGCACAUGGACAUACAGAAGCCCGCCUCCAGGAGCCCCGACAAGGGGGGCAGGCGGGGGGCGGGCACAGAGCCGGCAGCCGAAACCCAGGAGGGUCCUCGGCAGCGGGCGGCGGCCACAGAGCCAGCCGCCCGCGGGGUCCUGAUCACGGGCCUGACAGGCGGGCCGGGUUGCUGCGGGCGCUGGGCAGAGCAGAGCGAGCAGCUCGCCGUGCACUUCAGCAGCCGGCCCAUCAACCUGAUGAACGAGAGCAACAACAACAGCGCAGGCAAGGAGGGCUCCAGGGCCCCGGAGCCCCCCAGCACCGGGGACAGAGAGGGGCCGGCCCCCGACAGCCCGCGGGCACGCCCGGCGGAGAGGACGGCAGAGCCGGGGGUCAGCGCGGACCCCCUGAGCAGGCCGGACCCCACCAGAGCCAAGAACGUUAACAUCAGGGAGCGGAUCCUGCAGAUCCCACUGUGCGAAAAGGCGCUGGCCUUCAAAAUCAAACCCAGCUCCAAGGACAACCUCCUGCCCUUCGGACAAUUCAACUGCUGCCAUGUCAUCUGAGCUCCUGGGGGGGGGGGGGGGAUACAUGCACUUCCCCUCCUCCACCCCCACCCACACACAGACACACAUACGUACACACAUUCACUCGCUCACAUCUCAGCCUCGGGGCUUGUGUGCGUGUGUGUGUGUGUGGGGAAGGGGACGCAAAGAGAAAGGAGACUUGAACGGUCGAGACACAAUCGCGGGUAUAAGGGCUUGAAUGUACAGGUAGUUGUGUGCUUCUGCAUUUCGGAGGCCGCCGAGAGACCUGGUGCUCUGUAGCAAAACUUGAGAACAUCCUAACCGAGAGGCAGCUGGACAGCUCUGCAGUGUUAGAGCAGCAAUGGGCGAUCACUUAGGACUGUCAUCCUGUACUUCAUCGGCACGUUUGAGGCAGAUCCACUCUCCUACCCCCCCACCCACCUCCCACCCCUAGCCCCUCCAUCCCAUCUUAGUUUUGUUCAGGAUUAUGUUCAAACUUCCAGAGAGUUUUGCUCUGUAAAAUCCAUCAACAAUCCCACGCAUUAACCGAUGCCCGGCUCAGCGACCUUGUCUUGUCUCACUGCGGUGGUAACUUUCUAACAACUCAGCAAGCGAGUCACCCCUUUCUUUCACUGUGAUCUUAAAAACAACGGCAACGACAGCGACAAAACAAAAAAAAACAACAGCCGAGACGAGCUGGAACGUUUUCACGUUCGUUGCCGUCCGAUUCAGUUCUGUUACGUUUCUAAUGAGAUCUUUCAUUUCGAUCGGUAGCGCUUAGUUUUCCAAAAAAAGAGAGAAAGACCCAUUGUAAAUGCUGUUCUGUGAAUGAGUCUUAAGCCAGUGUAAAUAUACUCUCAUCGUAUGAGGGUGCCCAGAAUCCCUGUAAAUAUGAAAUAGCAAUUUUCCUAAAUGAUACAGUGCUGCAUUUUAUUUUAUUGUACAACAGUAUAAUUUGUACAUUUCGCCACUCCAGUCUAUAUUCUACAUACGUGUACAUAAGAUAGUAGGAACUAAUUGCAAACGCUUACUGGGUGCGAACCCACACUUAUACAGAGCAGUGCAGCGUUUGGUUGGGGUGGGGUGUGGGGGGGGGAGGUUGGGUUGGGAAGUGGGGAGGCUGGCGAAAAUUGCUUUAAAACAUGAAGUAUGUGACGGCGGUAAUGCCCCCACCCCGUACGUGCCACAUUACACGAGAUGCAUACGUUUACCCCCCCCAAUCCCCUCCUAUGUUUCGAAAAUAUUAAUAAAGGAUAAUGUUCUCUUAA